AUGGUGGGCACACUGUGGAUCCCUUUACGCAGCAUUCGUCAGUCCAAUGAGGAAGGACCGGGGCAGUGGAUGACUUUAGACUCCCAGGUCAUCAUGGCAGAAAAUGAGAUCUGUGGCACUAAAGAUCCAACCUUCCACCGUGUGCUUCUGGACACACGCUUUGAGUUGCCUUUAGACAUUCCAGAGGAGGAAGCUCGCUACUGGGCCAAAAAACUAGAGCAGCUAAAUGCCAUGAGGGACCAAGAUUAUUCAUAUCAGGAGGAGCAUGAGAGACCACUUCCAGUGCCAUCAACACAGUGUUGUAAUUGGAGUCUAUGGGGAGACCAACAAAAUGACGAUCCAGACAGUGCAGUGGAUGAUCGAGACAGUGAUUACCGCAGUGAGACGAGCAACAGUAUCCCUCCUCCAUAUUACACCACAUCCCAGCCCAACGCCUCCAUGCACCAGUACCCCAUUCGCCAUAUGCACCGUGGCUCACGCUACGACGACAUGCAAGACUAUGACUACGAUAACCAGAGAACUAUGAGACGCUAUGAUAGUUUAGACUCCGCCACCAACGGCCGCAGUGAUCUUGAUUCGGCCUCCGGCUCGAGCAGGCGGACCAGCCGCCAGUACUCCUUAGACAGUAGGCGCUCGCUCUCUGAUAGUCCCACGGGGUCCAGUCGAUACGCUUCAUCAGGUGAGCUGAGCCGUGGUAGCUCGCAACUCAGUGAGGAUGGCGAGAGCUUCCGAGGCUCCGGAGAGUUCUACGAUGAGAACGAUUCCUACCACUCAUGCCACUCCUCAGUCAGCUAUGGUAAAGAGUCACCUGGCUGGGACCAUGACGAGCCCCAAGGAGUCUACAGUGAUGAAGGUAGCUAUGUCAAAGAUGGAGGAGAGGAAGGUGCACUGUAUGAGGAUGAGGAUGGUGACUUGUAUGAGCAGGAAGAAGGGGAUUACCCCUAUGAGGAGGAAGAGGGAAUGGGCUUUGAGGAGGAUGAGGAGUUGUAUCCUCUGGAUGGUACACUUAGUGAAGAGCAGGAACCCCCAUAUACACCCACCCCAACCAGUGGGGCUCCCUUGUUAGCUCGGGAGACCUCCAGCUUCAGUCGGCCACCUCUGGAGAAGCAGACAUCACUGCACCAGCGUCAGCCCCCACAAGUUGAACCUCAGUUCCGGUCCAUCGAUUCUCUCAAAGAGGCUGCACCAAAGCAGCAGAGCUUUGAUGACUUCAGCAAACCUGCCAACAAAUCCAUGGCACCUGCCUCUGACCUAGAGCCCCUUGGGACCCCAGCACCCUCACUUACACCUGCAGCAAAACCUGUUGGAGCCACAGAGGAGCCGAAGCCUUCAGUUGAGCCUCCAGUCUCUGAGCACCAAUCUGAAGCCCUACCAGAGAAAAUGGAAGCACCCCCAGAAAGUGUGGCAAAGCGAGAUGAGGCAGUGGAUCCUGCUGAACGUGCAAAGGCCAACUGGCUGCGACUCUUCAACAGGGUUCGGCUUCAGCUGCAGGAGGCCCGAGGCGAGACCCCUGGACUGGCAUCACUGUUUUUACAAGCAGGGCCUGGAGGAGCUCUGUACACCAUAGACAGCAUGCCAGACUUGCGCAAACGCAAGGCCAUUCCUCUGGUUCGGGAUUUGGCAAUGUCCCUCGUCCAGAACUCUCGCAAGGCUGGAAUCACCUCAGCUAUGGCCUCCAGCACUCUCAACAACGAAGAGCUGAAGAGUCAUGUGUAUAAGAAGACCCUCCAGGCUCUGAUCUACCCCAUUUCCUGCACUACUCCCCAUAACUUUGAGGUGUGGACGGCCACUACGCCAACUUACUGCUACGAGUGUGAAGGGCUGUUGUGGGGUAUUGCCCGACAGGGUAUGCGCUGUACUGAGUGCGGUGUCAAAUGCCAUGAGAAGUGCCAGGACCUGCUCAAUGCUGACUGUUUACAGAGAGCUGCAGAGAAGAGCUCUAAGCACGGUGCAGAGGAUCGGACUCAGAACAUUAUCAUGGUUCUCAAGGAUCGCAUGAAAAUCCGUGAGAGAAACAAACCAGAGAUCUUUGAGCUCAUCCAGGAUGUGUUUGGAGUCCCCAAAACCACUCACGUCACCCAGAUGAAGCAGGUCAAGCAAAGUGUCCUGGAUGGAACGUCCAAGUGGUCAGCCAAGAUCAGCAUCACAGUUCUGUGUGCCCAGGGCCUGCAGGCCAAGGAUAAAACUGGCUCCAGCGAUCCCUAUGUAACAGUGCAAGUGGGCAAAACCAAGAAGAGGACCAAGACCAUCUAUGGCAACCUCAAUCCUGUCUGGGAUGAGUCCUUCAAUUUUGAGUGCCACAACUCUUCAGACCGGAUAAAGGUGCGAGUGUGGGACGAGGAUGAUGACAUCAAAUCACGUGUUAAGCAAAAGUUCAAGCGAGAGUCAGAUGACUUCUUGGGGCAAACUAUCAUCGAGGUGCGAACACUGAGCGGAGAAAUGGAUGUGUGGUACAACCUCGACAAGCGUACGGACAAAUCUGCUGUGUCAGGAGCUAUCCGAAUGCAUAUUAGUGUGGAGAUCAAGGGAGAGGAAACAGUGGCCCCUUAUCACGUCCAGUACACCUGCCUACAUGAGAAUCUCUUCCACUAUGUGACAGAUCUUCAGAACAACGGUGUGGUGAAAAUUCCAGAUGCUAAAGGUGAUGAUGCCUGGAAGGUCUACUUCGAAGAGACACCUCAGGAGAUUGUGGAUGAGUUUGCUAUGCGUUAUGGAGUGGAAUCUAUAUAUCAAGCCAUGACACACUUUGCUUGUCUAUCAUCUAAGUACAUGUGCCCAGGAGUGCCAGCAGUGAUGAGCACUCUGCUGGCUAACAUCAAUGCAUACUACGCCCACACCACCCAGGCUACCAAUAAUGUCUCUGCGUCCGACCGCUUCGCUGCAUCCAACUUUGGGAAAGAGCGCUUUGUAAAACUCCUGGACCAACUCCACAACUCGUUGAGGAUUGACCUCUCCAUGUACAGGAAUAAUUUCCCAGCCAGCAGUCCUGAGAGGCUGCAGGAUCUCAAAUCCACUGUGGACCUACUCACCAGUAUCACUUUCUUCAGAAUGAAGGUCCAAGAGCUGCAAAGUCCUCCUCGUGCCAGUCAGGUUGUGAAAGACUGUGUAAAGGCCUGUCUGAACUCCACAUAUGAAUACAUCUUCAACAACUGCCAUGAGCUGUACAGCCGCGAGUACCAGACUGACCCGUCAAAGAAAGGUGAGGUUCCUCCCGAAGAACAGGGACCAAGCAUCAAGAACCUUGACUUCUGGUCCAAACUGAUCACCCUAAUCGUGUCUAUCAUUGAGGAAGACAAGAACUCCUACACUCCUUGCCUUAACCAGUUUCCACAAGAACUGAAUGUAGGGAAGAUCAGCGCAGAGGUCAUGUGGAAUCUGUUUGCUCAGGAUAUGAAGUACGCCAUGGAGGAGCAUGAAAAGAACCGCCUCUGUAAGAGUGCUGAUUACAUGAAUCUGCACUUCAAAGUGAAAUGGCUUUACAAUGAGUACUGCAAAGACCUGCCUUUCUUCAAGAGUAGAGUACCAGAGUACCCAGCGUGGUUUGAACCUUUUGUAAUCCAGUGGCUGGAUGAGAAUGAGGAGGUUUCUCGAGACUUUCUGCACGGAGCUCUGGAAAGGGACAAAAAAGAUGGAUACCAGCAGACAUCAGAACAUGCUCUUUUUUCCUGCUCAGUGGUGGAUGUCUUUUCCCAGCUCAACCAGAGCUUUGAAAUUAUUAAAAAGCUGGAGUGCCCCGACCCACAGAUUGUGGGCCACUACAUGAAGCGAUUUGCUAAGACAAUAAGCAAUGUUCUGCUCUCCUAUGCCAGUAUAAUUUCAAGAGAUUUCCCGAACCACUGCACCAAGGAGAAAGUGAAUGCAAAAGAUGGUGCUAUUAAGCCCUGUAUUCUGAUUAACAACAUUCAGCAGCUCCGGGUACAGCUGGAAAAGAUGUUUGAGGCCAUGGGGGGCAAGGAUCUGAAUGUUGAGGCUAGUGACAUCCUAAAGGAGCUACAGGUAAAGCUCAACAACGUUCUCGAUGACCUGGCCAGAAUCUUUGCCACCAGUUUCCAACCCAACAUUGAGGAGAAUGUGAAGCAGAUGGGAGACAUUCUGAGCCAAGUGAAAGGCACAGGCAAUGUGCCAGCUAGUGCCUGCAGCAGCGUGGCUCAGGAUGCAGACAACGUGCUACAGCCCAUCAUGGACUUCCUGGACAGCAACUUGUCGCUGUUUGCUAAGAUAUGCGAGAAGACAGUUCUGAAGCGGGUGUUAAAGGAGCUCUGGAAACUUGUCAUGAACACCAUGGAGAAGACCAUCGUUCUGCCUCCUCUAACUGAUCAAACAAUGAUAGGCAGGGUGAAGCUUGCUUGUCACAGUGAUGGUACACAGCUAAUUUUCAAUGCUGCUAAGGAGCUUGGCCAGCUUUCCAAGCUGAAGGAGCACAUGGUGCGUGAGGAGGCCAAGGCCUUAUCACCCAAGCAGUGUGCAGUUAUUGAGUUGGCCCUGGAUACCAUCAAGCAAUACUUCCAUGCUGGAGGAGUGGGCCUAAAGAAGACCUUUCUGGAGAAGAGUCCUGACCUGCAGUCUCUCCAUUAUGCUCUGUCUCUCUACACACAAGCCACAGACAAGCUCAUCAAAACCUUUGUCCAGUCACAGAAUGCACAGGGCUCUGGGGUGGAUGAUGCCGUGGGAGAGGUAUCCAUCCAUGUUGAGAUCUUCACUCAUCCCAACACAGGCGAACACAAAGUCACAGUAAAAGUGGUUGCAGCAAAUGACCUGAGGUGGCAGACGUCUGGAAUAUUCCGACCCUUCGUGGAGGUCUACAUCAUCGGCCCCCAUCUGAGCGACAAGAAGAGGAAGUAUGCCACUAAAUCAAAAAACAACAGCUGGGCUCCCAAAUACAAUGAAACCUUCACAUUCACGCUGAGUAAUGAGGUGGGGCCGGAGUGUUAUGAGCUGCAGGUGUGUGUGAAGGACUACUGCUUUGCGCGGGAGGACCGCACUGUGGGCAUGGCCGUGCUGCAGCUGAAGGACGUGGCGCCGCGGGGUAGUGUGGCCUGCUGGCUCCCACUCGCCAAACGCAUCCACAUGGACGAGACAGGCCUGACUGUGCUGCGCAUUCUCUCGCAGCGCAACAACGACGACGUGGCUAAGGAGUUUGUCAAGCUCAAGUCUGACCAGCGUUCAGCUGAAGAGGGCCGAGGGAGCUAAAGGUAUUAAUGAAGGAGUCGCAGAUUUGCAAAAUCACUGCCCACCUCCUUUUUUUUUCUGUUGAGUGUUGCACUAAAACAGACAGCUAACACACACACACACACACACACACACACACUCACUCUCUGCAGAUCAGAUAAUACUGGACCAAUCACACAAGAUAGUGAUACCUAAGACACUGCCAUAACCUGCAAUGAGGCUUGUCUGACAAGCACCGUGCAGCACAUAAAAAGAUACAGGUACAAAACCUUGUAUGUCUAACACUUGAUGUUUGUGGUGUCCUUGAUUUCAAAAGUAUAUAUUAUAUGACACAGAUUCAUGGUUGAAAGAUAUAUACAGAACAACCUAUUUAUCUAGUUAUACAUACAUAAAUAUAUACAAAUUGCAACUAGACUUUCAAUAAUAUACAAAAGAGAUAUUGAAAGAUGUCUAAAUGGAUUUUUUUUAAAGUACAGAACAGAGAUAUGCCUGAGUGAAAGCAGGGUUGAUAUAUGUAGUGCCUCCCAGAGCCCUAAUACCACACCUUCUUUAUUUAUUAUAUGAAAAUGAUGUCUGAGAUGAUGUGGAAAUCUUGUCUGUAACUGCCUUGUUCAUUUUUUUUUUUUUUUUUAAAUCAUUCCUGUACCUCCACAUGGGUGUCUCAGUGUCAGGGUACUUCUUUGUUGUUCUCAAUGAGAUGUCCUUCUCCUCUACUUCUGAAAGGCACACUGUUUAAUGGGGCCAACGCUUUUGAAAAUUAUGCAAACUUUUAGAUCAAGCACAAGAACAUUAUUAUAAAGUGAAACCAUAGCUUGCAGUGCAAGUAGCUUGGACCAAAUACAUCUCACAAAGCAAAGGAUCGACACUUCUUCGACAAUUCUUUACAUCCCACUGGGAAUGAUAUGAAUUUGGAGAAAGCAAUGGCUCAUAUGAAUUGAAAUAUUUGUUCAAUGUGCUGUGUGAGUUUAUUUAAUUUAUCAUUGAGGUUUAACUCUUGUAUAUGUUUUAUCUAUAGGCAAACAGUAAAUGAAGGCUAUGGUAGCUUACAUAAUGCCACUACUUCUACUGCUACCAUUAGCCUCUCAUCCUUGGAUUUACUGUUAGCAAUGCUGGCAUGUUUGGGUGAAGUAUUCCUUUAAACACACUGCCAAUUGUCCGUUAGGUCCAAUUUUGGGGGUUUUAUAUCCGUUUCUUUGUGUGUGAAUGUGUGCCAUGCAUGUGUGGUGUAUAAAGUGAGUGCAUGACUGAGACGUUACAAAUAAGAAGCCAUCGCGGGGUGUGGAUCAGGUGCAAAUAUAGUGAAUAUCACUUUUUUUUUUUAAAGGACCUUAAAUGACUUCAUUUGCAUUGUUUACUUUUACAAAGUAGCAUCUGUUUUGCAUAAUUUCACUCCUAAGAGACACAGGAGCAAAAGAAAGUCUCUUCAGUUCCUAAUGAUUCCAGCACUGUUGCCAUGGGAACCCCACCAUUGUCUCGCCACCCGUCUAAGUGUUAGGAAAGAACAAAGUGAAUGUAGACUCUGUGCUUGUUUAACCUGAUAAACACAUCCCUGCAUUGAUCCUACCCCUUCAUUUCCAGCCAUUGAGCAGUCAGUGCUGGGAAUGUAGUCACUCCACCCUCUAGUGUUGUGCAGUGUUUCACAGAACAAAGUGCAGGUCAGAGAUAAUGAGAGGUUAAAGCUUUGUGUGGUUUAUCUUAAGGAGGGACGAGACUUGGUGAGUGGUGCUAGAGCUUCACGUUUAGCCAGUCAACAUGAAAUAUCUCACUUCUUUGCAUUCACUAGAUAUCCGGCACAAGAAACGUUAGUUGUGUCUGAAAUAGUGUAGUUUUAUUGUGAGGGUGUUCACAGUGGGGACAAUCACCACAUGAAAUGUACUAUUAAUACCCAGAUAAAUUACUAAAACCAACAAAAAAACUAAAGUUUUGACUGGUUUUCAAUGUUUUUGCACUAAGCCUUCACAGCCUGCUGUAUGUAGAGGAAACAGGCACCAGAACGUGCUGCAAUUUAUACACUACCGUUCAAAAGUUUGGGGUCACCCAGACAAUUUUGUGUUUUCCAUGAAAAGUCACACUUUUAUUUACCACCAUAAGUUGUAAAAUGAAUAGAAAAUAUAGUCAAGACAUUUUUCUGGCCAUUUUGAGUUUUUAAUCGACCCCACAAAUGUGAUGCUCCAGAAACUCAAUCUGCUCAAAGGAAGGUCAGUUUUAUAGCUUCUCUAAAGAGCUCAACUGUUUUCAGCUGCGCUAACAUGAUUGUACAAGGGUUUUCUAAUCAUCCAUUAGCCUUCUGAGACAAUGAGCAAACACAUUGUACCAUUAGAACACUGGAGUGAGAGUUGCUGGAAAUGGGCCUCUAUACACCUAUGGAGAUAUUGCACCAAAAACCACACAUUUGCAGCUAAUAGUCAUUUACCACAUUAGCAAUGUAUAGAGUGGAUUUCUGAUUAGUUUAAAGUGAUCUUCAUUGAAAAGAACAGUGCUUUUCUUUCAAAAAUAAGGACAUUUCAAAGUGACCCCAAACUUUUGAACGGUAGUGUAUUUCGCGAACAGGCUGAUACACUGAGUGAGAACACUGCUUUAAACCAAACAUUAUGGGUUUUUUUGUUUUGUUCCUCUGGUACAGUUCAGCAACUUGAAUAACUGCACAGUAAUUUGCAACUUCUGUUACCUUAAAAGAUUAAGAACUACGUAGGGAGGUACCUGGUGUGUAGUGUAUCAUAUAGUGCAUAGAAUGCUAUCUGAGAAUAAACAUUAUCAGGAGAGAAAACAGUUUACUCGGUGGCCCCUCGUAUUAAUAUCUGCUUGAAUGUUGAGACAUUUAAACCCAAGCAGGUAUUUUUGAAAAAAAAAAAGCAUUCAAGACCUUUGUUGAAAUCCAACAAAAAGGCAUGAUUACACUAAAAGUCAAAGGCUCAAGAGCACCAAAUCUUUCAUGUAGUUUUCUGUGACUGCUGUGAUUGUCAGACCAAAGGUUAAAGAAUGACCCCCUACUUUCUGCACAGAUAAUGACUUCUACACCCGACACCCUAUGUAGUCCAGGAUUCACCUCGCAAUAAGGUUUGCUAGCUGUAGAGCUGGCUGGUCCCUCUGAACUUUACAGUUUUAUUUCCAUCACAGCUCACAAAUAUUUAUCAUAGUAGGACUCUAAGCUAAGGCUAAUGAUGUAUUAACUAAUAUAUUAGGAAGCAUGCUGACUUUAGAUAGACUGUUAUUAAAUAAAGAGCUUAUGUGUAGUUGCUCUGCAGCUAAACCAUAAUAAAUCAUAUGUUGUAUCGUCAUCAUCAUACCUAGUUGACAAGUUAAAAGUUGUGACGUCUGACCUAAAGUUUUGAACUGUCACAAAAACUGCAGUGUUUGCAUCAGUACAAGAAAUGAUAAAUCUGACUUAUUCCCAGUUGUGGCUUUAGUCAUUGAUUGGGACUUCCCAUAAAACUGUGGGUUGAACAUUUAUGCCUCACUUUAUAAUGUCUCUGGAGGAAUCUUCACGAAAGCACUGCCAAUAAGAGAAAGCAUCGCCAAUAUGGAGGGCUGGUUAUUUUAUAAAUUAGUUAUUUUAAAUAAAUUCCCCAAAAUGACCUUCACAACUAAUAGUUUCCAACUGUCAAAUCAUUUAAAAUCACUAGGCUUAGCCUAUACGUCAAAGAUUUUGGUAAUAAUUUUUUUAUUGUUUACAUUGUGGAUUAUCUACACAAACCAUCCAUGAUGUCACUUUUUUUUAAAAAUCUGAAUUAGUUUACAGUAAGUAUACAAUAAGUUAUAAUCACAAUUUUAUUCCUGAAUGAUUUGAAUCAAGACUGUGUUUUAAGAUUGAAAAAUUUGUAGACUGCUGGACCAAUGAAUGCUGCACAGAUGUUGUAAGAGGCUCUGAAGCUAUGUGUGAGACGCCAGAGUGACUUUCAAUAAGAACUAAGUGGAAGCAAAAAUGAGUGACAGCAUGUAAACCAAGCACACACAGAUCACACUUAUACACACACACACACACAGUCCACUGAUGUCUGACCUCACCCAAACCAUGACUCCAGAUCUGUAGAUAGGAAGCAAUGCAUGUUGGAAAAGAUCUCUCUUGUGCCAGCAUGCAUCUAUGAUGUGAUUUUCAAAAUGUUGUCUUUUUGUUAUUUAUUUUGAUAUUUGGUAUUAUUUUCUAUUUUUGGAAGGCUUGUGAAUAUAUAAAUAUGUAUUACUGAUGUGUAGUGAUACAGAGUACUAGCAUGAGAGACUUUUUUUAUACACAGAUGUUUAUAAUUUCUGUUUUUCUAACUAUUAUUGUUCUUAU